AUGAACGAGUCCGCGUCCAAGUCGAGCCUCGCUUCGUCCGGUGGGAAGCCAUCCACAGCCAACAGCUCGGGGGCUCCAAAUGGCCGCAAGACGCGCACGAUUAUCGUUGCACGAGCGAUUCCUGAUGAGCCAGCUAAGGUCGUGCCUGCUGCAACUCGUGGAGAGGGCCCGUCAGCCGUCGUGAACCAGCACCACAGUCGAGACGCUCGAUCCGGAAAGCUGGCUUCAUAUGCAGCACUCGGUGGCGAGGAGGAUGUCGAACGCUUCGACCGCUUCUUAGCUGAGCAGCGUGGACACCCCAGUGCAUCCGAGCUGCGUGCGGCAGCCACAUCACCGCAGCACAUGAUGGCGUCCAUGAAGCGCAAGACGAUGAGUCGAAUUCAGCUAGACGGAAUCGAUGGUAGUGCUGAAGCAACCGGGGAAGACGCCGCCGCUCGGAAGUUGAUGCAGCAAGAGCUGGAAAACGAUGCGCGGAAGCGCCGAGAGGAGGCGGUGGCACAUCGGAAAUGGCUCAACUCACUGCCGAUCCACGAGCGAGUUGCUCAACAACGCCAGCAAAAUGUGCUGCGUAAAUGGCGCCAGAUGAACCGCGAUUGGGAAACGUUCAAAGUUCGUGCGGCCCGGCGGCUAGGCAAAGCCCCGCAAGAACUUGUGAUGAGUCGAGCUGCAUCUUAUCGUGAGCAGCGUGAAAUGUAUGAUGCGUUGCAGAAAGCUCGGCCGCUGAGUGACAAGGUUGGGGGAGAUAUCUGGCUCGUGAGUUUGCGAAAUGAGGGCACACGGUUCGUCCCCGUGGGGAACAUCUUCAGUGGACUCUUUUGCCCCAUCCGCGAGAGCACAAAACUUGGUCCUCGAGUUCGACGCCCACUUGACUAUCAUGACAAUCAGCACGAGGCAUCAAGACCAUUGUCCAAGCUCGAAAAGCGGUCCCUGGAUCUGCUAGCGCGAAAGAAAUGGCGCCUCCGUAAGCAGCUCGAGGUGUUGCAACCCCACGAGGUGGAGCGAAGUGCCAGUAGUAACCUCGCUGUUGGCACAGUUGAUUUGUUUGCGUGGGCAUCCGGCACAUUGGAAGACGCAAACAGUGAUAAUGAUGAUGGAGGGUCCAUUCGAGCGUAUUCUGCAGAUGACGAACCCUCACGCCGUCGUCGACUUCGUUCUUUAAGAAUCGGCUAUGUUGCGGAUGAAGAUGGCGUGCCGAACACGGAGAGCAAUGACAUUAGCUAUAACGCCGAGCCAUGCCAUCCGCCUCUUCGUUUGAGCUUUUACACUCCCGUAGGUGAACAAGAACAGCGAUCGCUCGCGCUUACCAACGAUGGAAGUACGAUUGUUCAUUACCAGUGGUGGCGCGCUCCAUUCGAGGACGAACACGCGGAGCUGACAGCCCAUAUACGCGGACGCCGCACUCGCAAGGAAGAACAGGAGCUGGAGCAGUGUACGAUUACUUCGGUAUCCAAACUUGGAGGCACACUACUGCCUGGAGAAACUGAGCAAUUUGUGUUUUCUUUCGAGUCGUCCCAAGCCGGCGUGUUCUUGGAAAAGUGGCUGCUAGAUGCAGACCCCCAGCCCCGAAUUUGUUUCGGAGCGACUCCGGAUGGCGAAGAGAUUGUGACCUCGGAGGAUUUACCUGUUGAAGUUCGAUUGAGUUGCGUCGCUGAGGACAACUUCGCUGCUUGGAGACGCCGUGAAAUGCAGCUCACCCGUGUCGAGGAACGAGAAAGUCACUUUUUCGUUGCAAACCUCGUCGAUGAAAUUCUGGACAGCGUUAGGCCUCCAGAGCCAGUCGUGUUUGCCGAGUUGACGCCAUGCACUGAUCCCAGAUCUGGUGCGUUCUUGCCACGAGCUUUACGAACGUGCUCAAGGAAUAUUACUAGCUCUUCUGCCCGUCCAAGAACCAGUUGA